AUGGCAUCCAGCCUGACGUGUACUGGGGUAAUCUGGGCUUUGUUCUCAUUUCUUUGUGCUGCUACCUCCUGUGUGGGGUUCUUUAUGCCUUACUGGCUCUGGGGAUCCCAACUGGGCAAGCCUGUGUCCUUCGGUACUUUCCGGAGGUGCUCGUAUCCGGUGCAUGACGAGAGCCGGCAGAUGAUGGUGAUGGUGGAAGAAUGUGGGCGCUACGCCUCUUUCCAGGGCAUCCCCAGUGCAGAAUGGAGGAUCUGCACCAUCGUGACAGGCCUGGGUUGUGGCCUCCUCCUCCUGGUGGCUCUCACUGCUCUCAUGGGUUGCUGUGUGUCGGAGCUCAUCUCCAGAACAGUGGGAAGAGUUGCUGGAGGAAUUCAGUUUCUGGGGGGCUUGUUGAUUGGUGCUGGCUGUGCCCUCUAUCCCUUGGGCUGGGACAGUGAGGAAGUUCGGCAGACUUGUGGCUACAUUUCUGGCCAAUUUGACCUGGGUAAGUGUGAAAUCGGCUGGGCCUACUACUGCACAGGAGCAGGUGCUGCGGCUGCCAUCCUCCUGUGCACAUGGCUGGCUUGCUUCUCUGGCAAGAAACAGAAGCAGUACCCAUACUAA